GUGAAAAGAAAGUCACACCGGAAGUGUCCUUCCAUUCAAUCUUCCGCGGCUAAGCUAAGUUAGCAAUGGACCAAUCUGGAGCAGCACCGUGGAGGCCUCCCCGGGUAUGUGAUGACUACUGGAGCGAAUUCAGACACUGCAAAAGCUUGUGGAAUCGCUUCCACCACUACUACACUCAUGGAACCUCCCCGUCCUGCAAGCAGUGGAAAGUGGACUAUCGUAACUGCAGCGAGUGGGAGAAACACAAAACCACAGAGGCAAAGGAAGCAUUGCAGGCGAGUGAAAGGUGCAGAGUGGCCGAGCAGAGAAAGUUCACCCCGGUGUGGAACCUGAGGAAAGACCCUCCCAGAGACUGGAACCUGCCCUUGAACCAGGGGAAGCCUCAGGACUAAUGGAUUUUAACCUGCUGUCUCUGCGGCGACCGGAGCAAAGUGAACUGAACAUACGUAAUAUAUUUCAUUUCAUGGACAUGAAAAUCCCUCUGAGCUACAUGCUGGAGACUCUGUCAUGGAGCUCAGAGAGCUGCUGUGUGGAAGCAGAUGUGUACAGUAUAUUAAAACAGUGAGGGCAGCAUCUAGUGGCCAAUUACGAGGAUGGCAACAAAUGAAUUAAAUUACAAUACCUGUUAAGGCACUUCUGUUUUCAUAAGUAAUAAGAUAUCCACAGCUUUCUUAAAAAGAAGCAGUGGAUGGCUGCACUCAAACACUUGAUUUAACACAGUUUGAUAUUAAUUGUUCCUUGUUAGGGAAGAUGAAUAUAUGGUUAAAUCAUACAGUGGGUACUUACUCAGGAUGUAAUGGAUUGGCUGUGCAUGGAUUAAAACAAUUUUCUAUACUAGAAUGUACAAAGAUUGAUUUGCAUCAAGCAAAGUAGUCCUCUCUAAAUUAACUUGUUUGGCUGUUUCUGAUACUGUAGAUGGUUGUUGUUGAUGCAGUAAGGUGAGCUCAGCUGUUAAGUUUCAACCAACAAAUUGGAUCAAUAAAAAAAAAUUCAGUUUUA